UUGAACCAAAUUGCAAAGCAGAUUCACUCCAGCGACAUAAGGGACAUACUUGAAAACUCCCUUGGCGGCAACAGGCCGGAUCGGGCCGACUGCCUGCGCCUGCUGGAGUCCGACGAUGUGCAGCUCAUGGGGAUGGCCUCAGGUCACAUAACCAAGAAGAGGUUUGGCAUAACAGCCUCCUUUGUGAAUAACAUAAUUCUCAACUAUACCAACGUCUGCAUCACCGACUGCAAGUUCUGCGCAUUCUACAGGUCCCCCGGCGCCGAUGGAUCGUACACCCUGACGCUUGAUGAGAUCGAGACGCGGGUAAAAACCGCCCGGGACAUGUUUGGGAUCCGGCAGGUGCUCAUCCAAGGCGGGCAUAAUCCAAACCUGGGGAUAGAGUACUACGAGAGCGCCUUUGGGAUGAUCAGGGCAAAGUUUCCCGAGGUAGGCGUUCACGGCCUGUCGCCGUCAGAGAUCGACAUGAUAGCCAAGGUUGAAAAAUGCUCGACCGCCGAGGUGAUCUCGCGCCUGGCAGAGGCUGGGCUCCAGUCCGUUCCGGGAGCCGGGGCGGAGAUCCUGGUCGACUCGGUAAAGGAUGUGAUCAGCCCCAAGAAGAUAGACAGCGCCGCAUGGUUAAGGAUAAUGGAGGAGGCCCACAUGGCGGGCCUGCCCUCGUCUGCCACCAUGAUGUACGGACACGUAGAGUCAAACCGGGACAUUGCGGAGCACUUUGGCAGGAUUGCAGAGCUGCAGGAGAAGACCCAUGGGUUCAUGGCAUUUAUCCCCUGGAGCUUUGAGCCAAACAACACACUCAUGCAGAAGGAGGAUCCCACAACCCACGGCUCCGGCGGCACCAGGCUGCUCAGGAUGAUUGCGAUAUCACGGCUGGUCUUUGACGGCCUUAUUGAGCACCUGCAGUCUUCCUGGCUUACCAACGGAAUCGGAAUGGCCCAGCUGGCCCUGCAGUACGGCGCCGACGAUUUUGGCGGCACGCUGAUAGGCGAAGAGGUGGUGUCGUGCACCGGCGCCCGAUCCACAGAGCUCACCGACGCAAAGAUAGUCGAGGCCAUCUCCCAGAUAGGCUACAGGGCAGUGGAGCGAGACAACUUUUACAAUACCGUCUCUGUGCGCCAGUAA